AUGCCCUUCUGCACGUCCCACUCAGUUAUCAACAGUAUUUUGACGUAUAACAGAGAUUUUGCUUUUGAUGUGCAGCCAGUGCCCUUGAGGAGAAUCCUUGCCCCAGGGGAGGAGGAGAACUUGGAGGUGGAAGAAGAGGAGGAUGCUGCUACAGGAGCAGGCUCCCCAGAGUCCUUUCCCAACAGAGUACCAGGUACAUUGUUGCCACGGUUACCCUCAGAGCCCAGGAUGUCGCUGCUCACAAUAAAGAUUGACAAGAUUGGGCUGAAAGAUGCUGGGCAAUGCAUUGAUCCCUACAUGACAGUUAGUGUGAAAGAUUUGAGUGGCAUUGAUUUGAACCCAGUGCAAGACACACCUGUGGCAACCCGAAAGGAGGACACAUACAUUCACUUCAGCGUAGACAUUGAGAUCCAGAGACAUAUCGAGAGACUACCAAAAGGGGCAGCUAUUUUCUUUGAGUUCAAGCACUAUAAACCCAAGAAGGGGUUUACCAGCACAAAAUGUUUUGCCUUCAUGGAAAUGGAUGAGAUCAAACCUGGUCCCAUUGUGAUCGAGUUGUACAAGAAGCCUACUGACUUCAAGAGGAAGACGCUCCAGCUCCUGACCAAGAAGCCACUCUAUCUCCACCUCCACCAGACGUUGCACAAAGAUUAAUAACCGAGGUCACAGAGUAGAGCACAUCAAGAAAGCAGAAGCGCCACAGAAUUCCACUGUAGUCAUCAGACAUCCAGCAAAGUUUGG